AUGAUCCAUAAUCUGAUCCAUAUUCCAUAUUCUGUUCCAUAUGAGCAGCAGGCUCUUAAAGCCCACUUUGGGAUAGGGUUAGGGUUAGGGUUAACCCUUUGGGCUGCAGGUUUGGGACGUUUCCUGCUUGAGGCCCUGACUAAGAUCUAUGUGGAGUUCCAGGAACUAGACCUGCUAACUGGAUCUGCUUGUGUGUCCCUCAGCUCUGCGCGCUACGCUCAGGACUACGACACCCGGGUGCUGCUGCGCUUCCCCCAGAAGGUGAAGAACCAGGGCACCGCCGACUUCCUGCCCAGCAAGCCGCGCUACGCCUGGGAGUGGCACAGCUGUCACAAUCACUUCCACAGCAUGGACGAGUUCAGCCUGUACGAGCUGCUGGACGCCCGCACCUACCAGCAGGUGGCCGAGGGCCACAAGGCCAGCUUCUGCCUGGAGGACACGUCCUGCGACCCCGGCUACUACCGGCGCUUCGCCUGCACGUCGCACACACAGGUGACGGUGAACCCCAGGCAGCAGGUCCCUGAACUCAACUUCAACAACAACAUCGCCACCUGCGACGUGCAAAGGAAGAAAAAAGGAAAACAGCUGGAACCGAGGAUUCCUGCAGCUAGCGGAGCCGCUAGCCGCUCCGGCUCUCCCUACCGGCCGAUUCCCCCCGGUUCCCCCCCGGACUUCGACAAGCUGGUUGUGAGGCUGAUGAUGUGA